AUGACAGGACGAGGACAACCCAGGCGGUACCAAACACGUGCAAGCCAGCAAUUGACGCUCCCCGUUUCGCUUUCCUCCUCCAUCACCUUCGAGCACGCACUAAAUAUGGGUGGAGGCUCAAGAUAUCCGUACCCCAAGCAUGUGUGGUCCCCAGCGGGUGGCUGGUGGACGCGACCGUCGAACUGGAAGUCUAACACAACCAUUGUGUUCGGGAUGAUAUUUGCUAUCACGUACGGUGUUUGGCGAGUCAGUGCGGACAAGGAGUGGCGGCAUGUCGAGCCAUCAAGGCCAAUACCUUCUAUGAUGUGGGCAAAGCAGUACACGGAGAAGAAGCAAGAGCAAGAACAAGAACAAUAG